AUGAUUCACUCAUCCCUCCUCGCCAUCACGGCUCUCUUCCUCUCCGCAACCUCGGCCGUUGCUCUCCCAGCUGAUGUGGCCGUUGAAAAGCAAGAUACUCAUCUGUUCAAGCGUGCCUCGCCCGGCCCAACCGAUACCACCUUCAUCAACAACGUCUUGACGACCGUCAACCCUAUUCGGUCCAAGUACAAGGCUAAUGCUCUUGCUUGGGAUGCUACGCUUGCGAAAUUUGCGUUAACGAAGUCGAAUGGGUGCAAGUUGAAUCACACUGGCCCCUACGGCGAAAACGCCUACUGGUGGUGGACCAUCCCCACCACGUCCACUCCCAACUUCAGCUCAACCGUCACCAAAGCCUUCGCCUCCUGGACCUCCCAGACGGAAAUCACCGCGUACAAGAACAACGACUUGUUAGGGGGCGGCCACUUCACGCAGACGGUGUGGAAGGCGAGCACACGGAUCGGGUGCGCCUUUAGUACCAAUAGGUGCGUGCAGAACCCGAAUCAGGAUUGGUGGUUUUAUUGCGAGUUUUGGCCGAGGGGCAAUUUGAUUGGGGCGUAUCCGGGGAAUGUUACCGUGGUGUAA